CUCACGCGCCUCGAGUCUCCCGCGCGCCCGCCCAGCCGGGCCGCGGCUGCCCGCGCUUAACACGCACGCGCGCCCCACGCGGCCCGGGGCCCUCGUGCCCCCUCCUUGCUGGGCCUCGGCGCCUCCCGCACGCUCCUUCCCGUCCGGCUUAGCCGCGCUGUAGCGCGGGGCCGCAGGUCCCCGCGGGCCGCCCUGAAUUAUUCAUCGGCAGGAAGAUAUUAGAUGUACCCGCUCCGCGCGGGCCGUCGUGCAAUGCUAUCCGAGCUCCGCGCGCGCCCUGCGCCCCUCCUCCUCCUCACGUCCGUCCUCUCUGAAACCUUGGGCGAAGGGGAUCACAUUUCCUUUGUCAUCGGGCCAUUUCACCCUCGCCUUGGUCCCCCCUCCGAUCCCGAGCCUCGGGGAUGGAGCCUCCUCCCGGGCGCGCUGGAAUCAGUGGAACCGGCAACGGCCCCGCGCGGCGAGCUCGGGAGCCGCGUGGCCAACGCAGCCGGCUCGCGCCCGCGUCAUCUUCUCUCUGAAACGAGUCGCCGAGCGGGACGCGGGUGGCCCCGGCCACGCUGCGCCUACCGGGCUUUGCUCCCGCCGUGCCCUGGCCUCCUGGGGCUUUGCACAACUCCCCCAGUUCGGGAUGCGUGCGCGCGCGCGCGCCCCCUCUUUCUCUGUUUUGCCGCCUCUUCCUCCUCUUCCUCCUCCUCUUCUCCUCAGUACGCUGGUUAUUGGGACUGA